AUGGCAAGUGCAGACUGGGGAUAUGAUGCCAAAAACGGUCCUGACCAAUGGAGCAAGCUGUAUCCCAUUGCCAAUGGAAACAACCAGUCUCCAGUUGACAUCAAAACCAGUGAAGUCAAACAUGACACCUCUCUGAAACCUAUCAGUGUCACCUAUAAUCCUGCAACUUCCAAAGAAAUUGUUAACGUGGGACAUUCCUUCCAAGUAGUUUUUGAUGACAGCGGUAACCAAUCUGUUCUGAAAGGGGGCCCUCUCUCUGAUACUUAUCGGCUUGUCCAGUUCCAUUUUCACUGGGGCAACUCCAACGACCAUGGAUCUGAGCAUACCGUGGAUGGAGUCAAAUAUUCUGGAGAGCUUCACAUAGUUCACUGGAAUUCAGCCAAGUACUCCAGUGCUGCGGAAGCCAUCUCAAAGGCAGAUGGGCUAGCAAUCCUUGGUGUCUUGGUGAAGGUUGGUCCAACCAACCCAAACCUGCAGAAAGUACUCGAUGCCCUAAACUCAGUUAAAACUAAGGGAAAACGAGCCCCAUUCACAAAUUUUGACCCAUCCUGUCUCCUUCCUUCAUCCCGGGAUUACUGGACUUAUUUUGGCUCUCUGACUCACCCUCCUCUUCAUGAAAGUGUGACCUGGUUCAUCCUCAAGGAGAGCAUCACUGCCAGCCCUGAGCAGCUGGCACAGCUCCGCAGUGUUCUGUCAAAUGCAGAGGGAGAGGCAGACGUUCCUAUUCUGAGCAACCACCGUCCAACCCAGCCCCUGAAGGGCAGAACAGUGACAGCCUCAUUUUGA